AUGCUCUGGAAAUUAGUAGCAGCCGUCGCGGCCAUUGCGGCAGGCGUGGAUGCCGGGGCUAUGCUGCGCUUUUCGUGUUCGCAGCUCGUCGUUGAGAGGCUUGAUCCUCUCGUUAACCCAGGAAUAAUGCCAUCUCCUCACCUCCACCAAGUGGUUGGUGGCAACGCCUUCAACGUGACCAUGGAUCGAACAAGUUUGGACAUUCCCUCCACGGCGACGUGCACCAGCUGUACACCCACGGAGGACUUCUCCAACUACUGGACCGCAACGCUCUUCUUCCGCGCCCGAAACGGGACCUUCAAAGCCGUCAAGACCAAAGGUAAUCCGCUUGGCUACGGCGUUGCGAGCGGUGGCCAGACAGUGUAUUACCUUGGUCCGCAAGGUAACGCCAAGGUCACUGCAUUCAAGCCCGGUUUCAGAAUGACUGUCGGCGAUCCGAACUUUAGGACGGCGGCGCAGCUGAAAAAGUACCCGAUGCUGACAUACACUUGUUUGCAAACGGCGACGACACGGGGUGGAGAGACGACAAAUUUCCCGAAGGACACCUGCAAGGAGGGCAUCAUGGUGAACAUUCGGUUCCCGACUUGCUGGGAUGGUGUGAACCUUGACUCCCCAGACCAUCAAUCUCAUACGGCCUACCCUGUCAGCGGAAAAUGCCCAUCUACGCACCCCGUCACAGUCCCACAAGUCUUCUACGAAACCGUCUGGGACACCGCUCCCUUCAACGACAAGUCGCAGUGGCCGGCCGAUGGCUCACAGCCCUUCGUCUGGUCCUUCGGCGACAAGACCGGAUACGGUAUCCACGGCGACUACGUGUUCGGUUGGAAGGGCGAUUCGCUGCAGAGAGCUUUGGAUUCAAACAGUCAGUGCAACAGCGACCUGUUCGGCAACAAUCUGAGGUGCCCGGCUUUGAAGGCCCAGUCGAUCGAGCAAGCCAAUAAGUGCACGAAGAAGGUGAGUGUGAAAGAGAAUCUGGAGGGCUGGCUGGCGGAGCUCCCGGGUGGAAUGAUGGUGAACUAG